AUGGCUGACGAGAAUACCCCAACCUACCUAUCACCUAGUGAGCUGGGCACAAAAGAAUAUUGGGAAACCUACUACGCCCGCACACGCGCCCAUAUCUCCAGCACGCACGAUGAACCUCGAGAGUCAGCACAAGCCACUCAAGACUCAGACACAGAUGCAGACGCAGACGCAGACUCAGAUGUCAACGAUGAAGAUGACCCAGGCACAUCAUGGUUCUCAGAACACAACGCGCCCGAAAAAGUCCUCCGCUUCCUAACGCGCCGCUCGUUCCCGUUAGCACCACGCAAUACAAAGCAACAUCAAGUCCAACCUAGCAUCUUAGACCUGGGAACGGGCAAUGGGAGCAUGCUUGCAUUGCUACAGAAAAAGGGAGGCUUUCGUGGUGAUUUGGUCGGAGUUGACUACUCGCUGCAUAGCGUUGAGCUUGCGAGGGAGUUGCAGGUUUCAAGGGGGCAUUCUGCUUAUAGGACUGAUUCUGAGGAUGAAGACGAGUCUGAGUCUGAAGAUGAAUCUGAUGCUUAUUCUGAGAAGGGAGAUGAGGGACGAUUAGAAGUAGAGCAUACUGCUACUGCUUCUACUCCCUCUACCAUUCAAUUCGAAGAAUGGGACAUUUUAAAUUCAAAAGCGGCCCUCUCUCCAUCCGGAACAAGCCUCACACCACCAUCUACAGCAGAGACGUUAUCCUGGUUCCCGUACUCAGCCGGCGGGUUCGACAUAGUGCUUGACAAGGGCACUUUCGACGCGAUCUCGUUGGCGGAUGGUGCGAAGGAAACGGCUGUUUGUGAACGGUAUCCUGAUAUUGCGAGGAGGCUUGUUAGGCGCGGUGGGUUUAUGGUUGUUACUAGUUGCAAUUGGACGGAGGAUGAAUUGAUUAAAUGGUUUACUGGUGCUUCUCCUGGCAAGGAUACAGGUGAUCGGUUUACUGUUUGGGGGUGUGUUGAGUAUCCUCGGUUUAGAUUUGGGGGGCAGGAGGGUCAGGGGUUUGCACUGUGUGUUUUCAGAGGGGGUCCUCUUAGGAUGGUUGACUUGCAUAUGCAUGGUUUUUGGGGAUUUUUAUUGACCUCGGGACUGGACGUUGGCGUAUACCUUGGUAGAUGCUUCCAAAGUUUCAUCUUACCUCUAUUCUAUAAUAUUCCAAGGCUGAUAGCCUAG